AUGGCAUCGAAACGGAUCUUGAAGGAAUUGAAAGAUUUACAGAAGGAUCCUCCUACUUCAUGCAGCGCCGGUCCUGUUGCUGAAGACAUGUUCCAUUGGCAAGCAACAAUUAUGGGUCCUCCAGAUAGUCCUUAUGCUGGCGGUGUUUUCCUGGUUACUAUUCAUUUUCCCCCAGAUUAUCCAUUUAAGCCUCCCAAGGUAGCAUUCCGAACAAAGGUAUUCCACCCAAAUAUAAAUAGCAAUGGGAGCAUUUGCCUGGACAUUUUGAAGGAGCAAUGGAGCCCUGCUCUAACCAUAUCCAAGGUAUUGCUCUCGAUCUGUUCUUUGUUGACGGAUCCUAACCCCGACGAUCCAUUGGUGCCUGAAAUUGCACAUAUGUACAAGACCGACAGGAGUAAGUACGAAACAACUGCAAGAAGCUGGACCCAGAAGUAUGCCAUGGGCUAA